GCCACUCUCUCUGCUCUCUCUCUCUUCCAGACAGGCAGCGCAGACGUGGGCAGAGUGUGGGGGUACAGGAAGAGGAGAGAGCGGGAGGGUCGGUAGUAGAGGCUCAGACAGCAUGGUCUGGGUCUGAGGACGAAGCAGCAGCAGCAGCAGCAGCAGCAGCAGCAGCAGCAGCAGCAGCAGCAGCAGCAGCCUCCACAACUCCAUGUAGACCCCAGUGGUGACAUCCACACAUCACCUGGACCCGUCCACCCGGCAGCACCCACCCAGGACGACACCCGCUUUUUUUCCCUUUUUUUUUUCUAGAGGAGCAACAGGAGGAGGACGAGGGUUUGUUUAUAUUCUUUGGUGGUUUUUUUCUUUUCUUUUCUCAGUUUUUUUUUUUUUUUUUUGGUUUUGGGAGUAGGCUCCGGGCUGGACCGCAUGCAUGACACAACGCAAAGGCGAGAAACCCACCAUCAGCAUCCAGGAGCACAUGGCCAUUGACGUGUGCCCUGGCCCCAUCCAGCCCAUCAAGCAGAUCUCGGACUACUUCCCCCGUUACCCGCGGGGCCUCCCCCCUGCUGCGCCCCACCAGGCGGGCCACAUCGGGCCCCUGCGCUCUGCCCUGUCCACCUCCUCGGCUGCUGCCUCCGCCACCACCGCUGCUGAAAGUGACCGGCCCAAUGAGGAUAACCCAGACCGGGCUUGUGCCGGAGCCGCCGCCUCCUCUCCGGCCGUCAGGAGGGACGAGGAGCCCGAUGUGGAGGGAUACGACUCCGAUGACUCCACUACAUUGGGAACCUUGGAAUUCAGUUUGCAGUACGACCAGGAGAACAAUGCACUGCACUGCACCAUUAACAAAGCCAAGCUUCCGAUCCCCAGAUACAAGAAGGGGCUCAAGCCGAUGGACCACAAUGGGCUGUCAGAUCCCUAUGUCAAGUUGCACCUACUGCCUGGCGCCAGCAAGGCCAAUAAACUCCGAACCAAGACCCUGCACAACACACUCAACCCUGUCUGGAGCGAGACCCUGACCUACUACGGCAUCACCGACGAGGAUAUGGUCCGCAAGACACUCAGGAUCUCAGUGUGUGAUGAGGACAAAUUCCGCCACAACGAGUUCAUCGGGGAAACGCGAAUCCCCCUCAAGAAGCUGAAGCCCAACCAAAUAAAAAACUUCAACAACUGCCUGGAGAAACAGUUACCGGUCAACAAGACUGAAGACAAGUCUCUGGAGGAACGUGGACGCAUCAUGAUUUCUCUGAAGUACAACACCCAGAAGUCUUGCCUGGUAGUGGGCAUCAUACGCUGCGCUCACCUCGCCGCCAUGGACGCCAACGGCUUCUCCGACCCCUAUGUCAAAACGUACCUGAAGCCCGACGAGAACAAAAAGUCAAAGCACAAGACGGCCGUGAAGAAGAAGACUCUCAAUCCCGAGUUCAACGAGGAGUUCUGUUAUGACAUUAAAUAUGCAGACCUCACCAAAAAGACCUUGGAGGUGACCGUGUGGGACUACGACAUCGGGAAGUCCAACGACUUCAUAGGUGGUGUUUCUCUGGGCAUCAAUGCAAACGGAGAGAGGCUCAAGCACUGGUUUGACUGCCUCAAAAACAAAGACAAAAAAAUUGAGCGCUGGCACACGUUGACCAAUGAAUUACCCGGUUCACUAAAUGACUGAAGACCCUCUGAAGUCCUGUCGCCCAACCUGUUGACCCCAAACCGUCCUCGGCUGCACCGGAAAGGACUCCUGCCUUCUUUUUCCUAACUUGUCCUCCCAGCUCUUCUCUGGAUUUUCCUCAUGUUGGCCACCUGGGACACUCUUUUUGGGAAUAAGUUUCCUCUUAACAGGGCUCAACAAAAAAAAUAUCCAAGUCUUGUGCUCAACUGCACACAUAGAGUAGGGAUUGCACAGCUGUCAGUUUAUUUUCUUUAUAGGAGAAAUUAAAUCAAUAUCAUGAAUGACGGGGAUUGUUGUGUUGAUUUUUAAGCUUUCUGGUGCAGAUUUAAAAAAAGAGCAAAUCCUUAUCUGUGAUGGGAUCUUUUACAGCAGCUAAGUAAUUCUCACCAAUCCCCGAAACAGCACAAAUAAGAAGCCCUCACAUUGUCAUCCUGAUGGCUAAGAAGCAGAGCAGAACUUCAGGAGGUAAAAUUAUGGAGAAACUAACAAAGGAUGUAGCAAAUAUUUCAUAUUGUACGGAAAAAUGGAGUGGAAUAGUUCUCAUCUUCUCAGAUAAACCUCCCAUAUUCAGCCGGGUUGACAGUAACGUUUAGUAUUGCAGAGGAGCAGCUGAAGACAGGGAUUAGCCACGCGUUGGAGGAUGGUGCACUUAAAUAUGAUUGUAACGCUGUUGGGGAGUGCAGGCCCCGUCGUCAUUCACCCUUUAUGCAACAGAACCAACAGCAAACAGUUUGUUUUUACAGAUCUGGAGCAUUUGUACAUUUAGUUUGAGUCAUUUGGCCAGAUGUGGUUUGAGAAGAACCGUCCUUAAGAUACAGUGCAAGUCAAGGCCUCGGCAUGCUUCAGACUAACUGGGUUAUAUCCAAGAAAAACAGCUUCAUUGAUUGUUUCAGAUACGUAUGUUGGGUUAUGUUCAAGUGGCUUCUAACUUUAGGGGUCAGGACUAUGAAAUCUUAGUUGAUGAUUAAUAAUUUGCCCUUUUCUGGUGAUUUUUAUACCUUUAUUAGUUUUAGAUUGGUGGUAUUAGCACCUUUGACGCCUCCAUCCAGGCCUUUUGCAUCUUGGGCUAAAACAAUGCAGAGGGAGGAGGCUGAGGCGGAUGGAUGGGUCAACAAAUCAUUAGACCUGAAAUCCAGUUUCACUUCCUUCUAGCAGUGAUGAGAGGCAGUAGCCGUGUUUCUAUGAUGUAAAUGUAUGUGUAUUUCAAAGUAUCACAUUGGAAAAGGUUAUUGGAAACAGCAAAAUUUGAAAAAAAUUUGCCUAAUUUAUUAGUUGUUUUUGAAGUUUUGGUAAUUGAGCGAACGCACAUAUUGGAAGCUGGCAGCACUUUUUUUCCAUUAAGUUGUGACCUAGUGAAUAUUUAACAUUAACACAACUUACCAGCAGGUUUUUUUAUUGUCUUUAUCUCUGGAUAGAAUUUUAUAUGGACGAUACUGACAAUAUAAAUCAUUUUUAUAACUUCAUCGAUUGUAGACUUUUCAUCUUUGAAGUUGUUUAGCAGUUGGCAGACAAGUGGACUCACAAAGUACGUACUGUUUCAUGCAGUAUACAUACAAUUGGGACGUACUACUUCAUUAUAAUAUUAGUUGAUACUCGUGUGACACCAUGAUGUAUAUGAUGUAACUGUGCAGAAAGGCUAAAAACCCAUGCUGGCUUACGUAUAUAUAGGCUACACUACUGUUCAAAAGUUUGGGGUCACUUAGAAAUGCCCUUAUUUUUGAAAGAAAAGCUAUUUUUUCAAUGAAGAUAAUAUUAAAUUAAUCAGAAAUACACGCUAGACAUUGGUUAUGCUGGAGAUGGCUGAUUUUUAAUGGAAUAUCUCCAUAGGGGUACAGAGGAACAUUUCCAGCAACCAUCACUCCUGUGUUCUAAUGCUACAUUGUGUUAGCUAAUGGUGUUGAAAGGCUAAUUGAUGAUUAGAAAACCCUUGUGCAGUUAUGUUAGCACAUGAAUAAAAGUGUGAGUUUUCAUGGAAAACAUGAAAUUGCUUAGGUGACCCCAAACUUUUGAACAGUAGUGUAGUAUGAAAAUAUUAGUUUUGUAAAACACCCACAGUUCUGUCUCUGGUUAUUACAGCUGUAAGUAGUGUAGGCUGUACUGCCACCUUCUAUAAGUACAGAAUGAUGUGAUGCUGAUUUACCUCAUAUGAAAUGGAGGUUUCACCGUGAGCAGAGAUCACAGAUCGCCUAAGUUCUAUCAGAUCUGAGUCAGAUGUAACAGAAUGUGAGUGUUUUUCUGUAACUUUCCGUACAGAUAGAAGGCUACUGGAAGCCGUCCGACUUUCCUGCAGCUUUUCGUCUUCGCCCCCCGCUGCUGCCGCCGCCUGCACUCGUCCGCCUUCCAGACGAGGAGCAAGAGCUCAUCUCGAACGAGACUGAUCUCUUCCUCGAGGCAUUUACGGCGGUGUGCACACACAAAAAAAAGUUACAGAGGAGUUCACAAAAAAGGAGCUCCGUUAACAGCCUCACUUUCAUCACCUCUGCACAGCCGGUCAGAUUCGAAAAGUUGCUAAACUUGUUGCACAGUGAGGAGACUUCAGAUGCUGAUCUACACUUUUAGAAGAACCAAAACCUACAUGUGAGUCUUUGAGUUAUAGUUUCCAGACAGAUUUCCCCUGUUGCAACAUUAGACAGAUGUAUUGUCUGACAUAAUGCUCCGUCCCGCUUUAAUUAUGUUCCCUACUUUCCCUGCCUUCAGACGAAGAUAGAAAGCCAAACAGCCGACUGUGUUUACAUCCUUUAACUCACUGUGAUAGCUAGCAAUGAUCAUGUCAUGCAGAAAGGGUUUGGCUUUGUAAGACGUGAUUGACUGACCUAUGAUUUCUGUGGAAGCACACGUCGAACACAGGGUUGCUAUGGUUACUACAUAGGCUCCAAUAACCACUUACAGCCGCUUUAUGAAAUCAACACAACAAUUUUGAAGCAUACUGGGGCCUUGAUGGGCAAAGUAAAAUUAGCCAUAAGAUCUGAGAAGAUGUUGAUGCUCACCUGUAUAGCCAGCAGGAUGAGCAAACAUCAGCUGACAGGAACUGAAAAAAAAAAAACAACACAAAAAUGAUCUUCUGCUCACUUACAGCAACAAUCCACAACAUUACAAACACAGAUUCCCUGUGUGAUCAAUACAAGACACUGCAAGGCAUCACAGCACCACCUACUUGGAUAACUCACUGAUUUUUUCAGUGCAGCCCCGAAUCUGCAGAGCUGCCUAGUUUUCUGGCGUUCAGUCCGUUCAGUCCUCUCUUCAGGGUAGCUGGUUUCCCAUAUAGUCGCAGCGAAAAGGCUCUAGAUAGCACACCCAGUGUGCAUUUUAAUACAACUGGGAGUUAAAUCAUGGGUGCUGUUUUCAAUCAGCUACAAGUCUCUCUGUGGCUUCUUAAGAGGGAACGCUUGAACGAUCAGGGGUUCAAACUCCAAGAACAAGAUGAAAUUUUCUUCCAAAAAAGGUCCGUGCAGGGUGAGUCCCGCCAAGUCAAAACUGAGGCGGAAUCAUGCGACGGCUGCUGCAUUUCUGUGAUUAGUCAAGAUGGUUAUGAGACUCUCAUGGCGAUUCUGAGGUUGUGUGGGGUCAUUUCAGCACAGAGGCGGAAACGUUCACGGUCACCGCGCACAGCAGUCACUUCACCGUGUGGGGAAGCAGUGGAGAAAGCAGCUGUAAUCACAGACGGAAAGAAGUUCAGUGGGUGACCUGCCACGGUGGAAAAACCACUCGUCCGACCGCAAUGUCACAUGAUUAGGCAGCUCUGUAGUGUGUGCGCCUUUAUUGUUUACAGAAAACUCAGAAUUUCAGCUUGUAACGGGGAUGUACCUGCUGUGUGUCAAAAAGGGCAGAAUUUAAAUUUUAAAAAGACCAGAACGUUUACGUCAACUACUUAAAAAAAAGGUUAAUAACAAAAGCAUGUAUUGUUUACAACAGCCUACUCUUGCUGAAGUUUGCUGCUGAAAAAGGGCAAAAAAAACACGCCCUCGCUAAAGUCACUGCGAUCGUUCAGUCGUACAACGCGAGCUUUGCUAAGACAGGCAGGGACGAGAAGGGCAGAAUUUUUAAUAUACUAGCAGUGUAUGUAUAUUGUUAUGAUGUUGUUGCAUCUUUUUUUGUUUUUAUUUAAAUGUAAGCAGCUCCACUAUUAAUGUAUCAAACAAGAAUGUACAUGUUUAACCCCUUCUAUUUCCACGGUAAAUCCUCUGAGAAUGUGCUCCGUGUUGUUGAUAUCGUUCACAUGUCGAUGCUCUGUAUUUCGAGCACACAAACACACACAUAUGUCUGGGAAUAGAGACGGUUGAACCUGCGCCAGGCUACCAGGGGCUGCAUUGCUCAAGUCAUAUUCUGAGAUGGCUCAAAUUUUACUUUGAAUUAUUAAUGUUUUUCUUUCUUUCUUUUCAAUAAUUUAUGUUAAAGUUUAAUACCCCUAAAUCCCCAGUGCAGUCCUGAAAACUUGAGUUGCCCUCAUGGAUCGGUAGGUUGGGAUGCAUGCCAUGUAUUUGUGAUUUUAUGAGUUUGAUCGCGCUAUGACCUUUUUCUGCAUGCCACCCGACCACCACUCACCCACCUUUCUUGUAAAUUUCCACCGUGCGUUGACUGGUAAUGCCACACGAAUCCGGCGACGAUCAGGAUUCCUGUCAGGCUCGUAAUUCAGCUAACAGCUUUUUGUCGUCACCUCAUCAGGCAUGUUUGUUUCCAGGAGCAUGUGUGACUGCCCAUUUUGAUAAUUGCAUCACUUGAACCCGCUAAUUACCGCCGGUGGAUCGUGAAAAACAGCCCUAAUGUCCAUUUGUUCUAUUGUUUAACCUCCUUCACCUGUGGUUUCAUUAUCGACACAGUGUUGUUUGAAUGAUUAGAUUCCUUUUUCGCACCACCUUCCGUUCACUUUUGAAGAAAAUCAGAUUUUGACAAGUGAUAUCGCACCUCCCAAAGCUGGGGCAAUGAAAUCUGUAAUGCAUCACUUCGGGCCUCACAUCUCCGUUUCCUUUAAGUGUUAACAGCCUCUUCAGCCACAUUGAUUUUAUGAGGCACAAACCGGCUGUUAAACAUCGUUGGCAUCUCAAUAUACUCCUCGACACAACAGUGAUCCCUCUCACCGAUGAAUAUGUAAUGAAUACAACCAACAUGUGAUUUUGAUUUUGUAAUCUGUCUGCCUUUGUAUGCAAGCUCAAUAUUAUGGAAAAAGAAAACAUAACUGCAUGCGUAUGUUCUUGGUUUUGUCAUGAGAUGACUUUGCCUAAUGUUUGAUACUGUUUUCUGUAUAAAAAAACAAGAUAUAUGACUGUGGAUGCUCUAAGAUUAUGCUAUAAGUCAGUCUUUCUUCUGGACAACAUUUUGUACCUUUGAACACUAUCGCAUUGCCUGUUUGGCUGCUGUAUUGACUAUCUGAAAGCGUGACUUGAUGUGAAUUAAAAUCUUUCCUUUGUU